AAACGCGCGAGUCCUUUGACAUAAGCGCCCAAAAUUACUUUGGCUUCGAGUUUGGCUUCGAUCACUCACGAGUGUCAUCUAGUCAUCCCGGUUUCUUUCUUUACUCUUGAUUUACGAGUAUGGCUCUUGAUAAAAAAAGAAAACGAGGCUCAGCAGUUGAAAAAGACUCGAACGUUAUUCUUCCCGUGAACGGGCCUGAUGAAGAGGACUACGAAAUGGUCUCAGAUGCAGCUUCUGGAAGUGGAAGCUCUGACGAUGACGACGUUGAAGGGCACGAAACUGCGGCCGAAGAUGAUCAGUGGGGUGGUAUAGACGGUCAGGCGUCUUCAAAACCUGCACUGAAUGGCGCAGCCAAAGACUUACAUAAAAAGAAACCGCCAACUGCUCAAGAACUCAGGAGUAUAAAGGAUGCAACCGACUUGUAUAGGUCAAGCUCGUUCAAGCUUCAGAUUGAUGCACUCCUCCCAAACGUCCGACCAAAAUACCAACGCUCAACACCUCUCGAUCAUUUUCUGCAUACCCUUCACUCUUUGCUCUCUUCGCUAACAUCUAUCCCGCCUAAACAUCCGCUUGCAGCUUCGAGGGAACUCCAGGCCAAGGGUAUCGCGGUACCUUAUCCACUCCCUCUUCCAACGGAGGAUACAAACUGGAAAGUCUCGUUCGAGAAGCCCAGUGAAAUUCUACUGGUCGGAAGUUGGCCGAACAAAUUGAGCGUAAAAGCCAAGGACGGGGAGCGGUUUAGUGUGGACCUUGCGGUUAUCAUGCCUGGUGAUCUUUUCCAAGAGAAAGAUUAUUUAAAUGGGCGGUAUCUUCACAAACGAGCCUACUACCUUGCUACAAUAGCUGCUGCGCUUGAGGGCAGGAAAAGCGGUGUGAACGUCGAUGUUUUAUAUGGCACAGCUCGAGGUGAUCCUCGACUUACUUGUCUCAUUCUACGUCCCAAAACAGAUGGGUCGCAGAACGAUUUCACAAGACUUGACGCCGAAAUCCGAAUUAUUCCAACUCUUCCCUCUAAUUCCCCCAUUCUCUUGACCCGUCUCUCCCCAAAACGCUGCAACGUCCGUACUUCGUCGGGCGAAGAGGCCUCGAAUGAGCUCGCUACACCUCUGUACAAUACCUCCAUCCUCCUCAGCACUACCCCCAGGCCCCAUCUUCUCCGGAUGCAUUCUCUCAAAGAGCGUGUUUACGCAUUCAGUGAUGCACUUGCGCUAUUGAGAGUCUGGGCGAACCAGAGAGGAUACGGCCAAGGAAAUCGCUUGUGUAUUAGAGGGUUCGAUGGCGCUGGGUCUUUAUGGUGUACUAUUCUGGAUUUGUUAAUCAGCGGAGAAGAGCCAAACCCGAACGUGGUUGGAAAGUCUUCAGUAACGAAGAAGCCCCUUGGCAAGGGUCUGAGUUCGUAUCAAUUAUUUCGGGCUGCCCUGGAUCUGCUAGCGAGACACGAUUUCAGCCAAUCUCAUGUUUUCGUGAAAUCCGACAGGGGACAUCGAUUUCCCCCUGAAGAAUAUGACUCGCACGAAGCUGUCCUUGUUGAUUCGACAUCUACUGUGAAUGUUCUUGCCGGUAUUCCGCUAGGGUCCCUCGAGAUGCUUAAACACGACGCAGCACUAACGCUGGAAGCUCUCAAUGAGAACUCGAUAUCAGAGGAUCCGUUCUCAGAGGUAUUUCUAAAGGACCAUCGCGACCUACAGUCACGUUUCGAUGUUGUGAUACGUGUAGACUUGUCUUCAGCACAACUUCGGGAACCCUCUUUGCAUGCUACGUUGGACCUCGGUUCUCCCUAUAAUGCCGUACUCUCGACACUCUCUUGCUCGCUCCGACAUGGACUUGGUGAUCGUGUCAAAGCAGUUGCUGUUCUCCAUCCAUCAGGCCAGGCCUGGUCGCUUUCACAAGCACAUCCAACGAACCAACCUACUGUCUAUAUUGGGCUCCUCCUUGACGCUGAACACGCGUUCCGCCUAGUAGACCACGGACCCUCUGCAGAGGAAGCCGAGACAAUGGCUGCUCAGCGCUUCCGUGAUUUCUGGGGUGAGAAAGCCGAACUCCGUCGAUUCAAGGAUGGUAGUAUCGUGGAAAGCGUAGUUUGGGAUGUCAAGACUGCCGACGAACGCGCACAUGUACCAUUCUACAUCUGUCGAUACAUCCUUCACAGACAUUGUGGUAUUCCCGAAUCGGAUGUGCAGCACUGGCAGACAUCUUUUGACUCUUUACUUCGACUACCCGAGUCGAUCGCUGAUAUGUAUAAGUCGGCAACGCUAGAGACUGGUUUCAAGGCAGCUCAAUCCGCGUUCGACCAGUUGGUCAAGUCUAUCAAAGCUUUGGAUGACGAGUUGCCUCUCGCUGUCCUCAAUAUUAGCCCUGUCUCAGAGUCCUUGCGCUACACCAAUGUCUUCAAUCCUACCCCACUUCCGCGAUCCGCUGCCGCUGCUCUCCCACAGUGUGCUCAGUAUCUCGCACCUAUGGAUAUUAUCAUCGAAUUCGAGAAGUCUGGAAGGUGGCCAGACGACUUGCGUGCUAUUCAAAAGAUCAAAUUGGCUUUCUUCGAGCGACUUGCGACUGCACUCAUGAACUCUACCCAGGGUUUGAAAGCGACGGUCGUCGUAGGCGACUUUAAACCUGUAUCAGACGUUCAAGAUAUUGCAAAACUUGAGAUCGUGACACUUCAAGGUUGGGCGUUCUCUGCUAGGAUAUGGCAUGAACGCGAAGCACAUCUUCUCGAUACAACAAUUGAUGACAAGCCUCACGUUCCCAAGCAUCUCAAGCAGAAUCUCCCUGGAGGUCCAGAUCCCAAAGAACGCCAAGCUGCUAUUGUGGCAAAAGAGCUCUAUACCAGACGAUUCAUUCACGCACCCAGACAUCAUCGAGCGAUAGCCGCUCUGUGUCAUCGCUUUACGGCUUUCGCAGGUACUGUCCGCCUGGUCAAGAGAUGGUUUGCAUCACAUUGGCUCUUGGGCAACCACGUCAGCCGGGAAGUGGUCGAGCUAAUUUGUGCAAGCUUUUUUCUCAUUGGUGGUCAACUAUCAGGAUCGAAACAGCUUGUUCGUGCACCUGGAACGAAAGAACGCGGAUUUGCAAGGGUGAUAGAGAUGCUCAAGGACUGGGAGUGGGAGAAGGGCCUUUUCGUUCCUUUGUAUGGCGAAGAGCAGCCUGAGGGAGAAACAGCAUCAACGGUUCCCGUUACAUCUCCUUCUUCUAGAACAGGUGUAUGGAAGGUUUCGACUGAGUUUGAUCGAGACGGGCAUAUGUGGACCAGCAACGGUCCUGAUGCUGUUGUCGCUCGACGUAUACGAGCGGUGGCUAAGGCCACAUGGGGCGCGUCUCAGGAGAUCGAGUCUGAAGGUUAUGAUGUCGUUACGCUCUUUGCUCAUCCUACAAAAGACUACGACUUCAUCAUCGAACUUGAGCCUUCUGUGCUUUCCCGCUAUUGCCAGAACGUGAAGGCGGAUCCGAAUGUCUGGCAGCGGAAAGGGAAAUAUGUCAAUUUGUCCAAGCAGACGUCAUCUACUCCGGGUGUACGACCGGGCUUUGAUCCAGCGCAGUUCUUGUUUGACGACCUAUCCAACGCUUACAAGGAUACGUUCAAGAUCUUCUACGAUCCAUUAGGCGGCGACCGCUUUGGUGCGGUAUGGGAUCCGACAUUGAAAGAAGCGCGGACCUUCAGAGUACUCGGUGGAUUUUCCAGCAUUCCUAAAUGGAAGGAGGAUGAGUCGUCCAAAGAGAAGGGUAAGGGACUUGUCGUUCUCAAUCAAGAAGCCGUCCUGGCUGAGAUUGAGAGAAUGGGUGCCGGCCUGAUAAAAGGGAUUACAACCCACAUCUAGAUUACUACAUUUGUUUCUGUUGUUUUCUGGGCUCAAGACUUUAGGCUUACUAUCUGCUCCUUCAUGGAUUGGACGACCUUAUCCUUACUCUGAAAAUGUAUGACCCUGAGUGUAGAUAUUUGACUGCUUGGCCUCAUGGAGAACUAAAUAUGACAAAGUGCUCGAUGCGGAAAAUUCGCCGAACGCAACCUCGAAUCGAAGUCCUCAAUAGUCAGGAUGAGUGUUGCCAAUAAGCUUGUCCGGAAGCUAUAAAGUAGAUGACCAGAAUAGGAUGCCAAUUAAUUCACAGUGUAG